AUGGCCAAGUUCUCAAUUUUGCCACUCAUACCACUUCUAACAGCUGCCUGGGUCUCUGAAAACCAUGCCAAUGAACAGGAAGAUUGGAGGAAAUGUUUUGAGGACCCGAACUAUGAAGAACUGUUACAUAUUGCCAGAAAUGGGCUGGAAAAGACUUCGAAGCCAAAAAGAAUUGUGAUUGUUGGGGCAGGAAUCAGUGGACUCACUGCUGCCAAAUUAUUGAAAGAUGCUGGACAUCAGGUUUGGGUCUUAGAAGCCAGUGACCGUGUUGGCGGGCGGAUAAAGACCCAUCGUGAGAAGGGUUGGUAUGUGGAAUUGGGAGCGAUGCGCCUACCCAAGACCCACAGAAUUAUUCAUGAAUAUAUUAAGAAGUUCAACCAGUCAUUAAACUCCUUUGUUCAGACGGAUAAAAGAGCCUGGUACUUGUUCAGAAACAGAAGAGAAAGGGUGGCAGCUGUGAAUGAAAAGGCAAAUCUCUUUGGAUAUCCAAUGUAUCCCCAUGAGUUGGGAAAGUCUGCUGGAGAACUCUACAUGGGUGCGUUGGACAGAACAACAAAAAACUGCACAGUGCUGAAGAUGAAAUAUGACUCAUAUUCCACCAAGGAAUAUUUAAUUAAAGAAGGAAAUCUGAGCCGAGGGGCAAUAGAAAUGAUUGGAGAUUUCUUGAAUGAAGAUGCUGGAUACUAUAUCUCAUUUCUUACCUCUGUCCUGGCCUACGUAACCUUCUUAGAUGACGAUGG